AUGCCUGGAAUCUGCAUCUUGCAAAGCAUCAAACCAAAAUUGAGAAAGUCCAAGAUGAAAUAUGUGGUGUACCCAUGCCUGCUGGCAUGGCUGAGUGUGGGGACACAAGCAGCUUCCUGUCCCAUUCUUAAAUUAAAGCAACAAUUUUCUAUAGAUAAGUACAUGGGCGUGUGGUACGAAAUCCAGGCCCAGCCCAGCAUAUUCCAGACAAUAAAAUCGUGUUUAUCUAGCACGUACACCUGGGAUGGGAAGGAUGUACAAGUUUACUCUGAAGGACUAGACUCCAAAGGUGCUCCAGUGUUAACAAAGUCUACUUUGAAAAUUGUGGAUCCACAAAAUCCAGCUCAUAUGAUUACAAAUUUUGUUCCUGGAGGCAUUGUAAAUCAUCCGAGAGUUCAGCCCCCAUUUGACAUUGUGGACACAGACUACCUGACCUUCUCCUGUGCACACUCGUGCCUCUCUGUUGUGGGCAUCAAGACAGAAUUCGUCUUUGUGUACGCUCGUAACCGCUCACUCAGUCAAGACAUUAUUCAACACUGCCGUGCCAUAUUUAAGGGAGCACUACUACUUGAUAUAGCAGUAGUGGUUGUUUCUACAACUCAACUCAAUGAUCAACUCAUCUCUUAUUAA